CGUCUAGAACCGGACCUGCUGCAGAAUAACCCCCCCAGGAACCGGACCAGGACCAGGACCACUAAAACCAGGACCAGAACCAGGACCAGAACCAGGACCAGGACCAGGACCGGCACCAUGCUGACGCUGCUCACCUCCAUGUACCUGGUGACGCGGGCCGUUUCCCCGCAGGCUGAAGCGAUCAAGGUCGUGGUCACCGGCGCUGCCGGCCAGAUCGCCUACUCCCUGCUGUACAGCAUCGCCAAGGGAGACGUGUUCGGGAAGGACCAGCCCAUCAUCCUGGUCCUGCUGGACAUCCCCCCGAUGCUGCCGGUGCUGGACGGAGUCGUCAUGGAGCUGCAGGACUGUGCCCUCCCCCUGCUCCGGGAGGUGAUCCCCACCGAUAAGGUGGAGGUCGGGUUCAAGGACAUCGACGCUGCCAUCCUGGUGGGCUCCAUGCCCCGUAAGGAGGGGAUGGAGAGGAAGGACCUGCUGAAAGCUAACGUGGCUAUCUUUAAGACCCAGGGGGCGGCGCUGGACAAGCACGCCAAGAAGACCGUCAAGGUCCUGGUCGUGGGGAACCCGGCCAACACCAACUGCCUGAUCGCCUCCAAGUCGGCUCCGUCCAUCCCCAAGGAGAACUUCUCCUGCCUGACCCGUCUGGACCACAACCGGGCCGCCUCCCAGGUGGCGCUGCGCUGCGGCGUGUCCUCGGACCAGGUGAAGAACGUGAUCAUCUGGGGGAACCACUCGUCCACCCAGUACCCCGACGUCCACCACGCCAAGGUCGGGCUCCGCGGGGCCGAGCUGGCGGCCUACGACGCCGUGAAGGACGACGCCUGGCUGCGCGGAGACUUCAUCUCCACGGUGCAGCUCCGCGGCGCCGCCGUCAUCAAGGCCAGGAAACUGUCCAGCGCCAUGUCGGCCGCCAAGGCCAUCUGUGACCACAUGAGGGACAUCUGGUUCGGGACCAAGGAGGGAGAGUUCACCUCCAUGGGCGUCUUCGCCGCCGGGAACAAGUACGGAAUCCCAGAAGACCUGAUUUACUCCUUCCCCGUCCAGAUCAAGAACAAGACCUGGAAGAUGGUGGACGGUCUCUCCAUCAACGACUUCUCCAGAGCCAAGAUGGACGCCACGGCGGCCGAGCUGGUGGAGGAGAGAGACACGGCGCUGGACUUCCUGUCCCAGUGACGCCCCGCCCCCUCCCGGCUCUGAGGGCCACGCCCCCUGAUCCCGUCCACCCGGGGGGCGGGGCCUCGCGGCUCUGAGGGCGGAGCUGCCGGGGCCGACGCCCCCCGAAAGAGAGAGAGUGUGUGUGUAUGAA